CCGUGUUUGACUGUUUCUCUUUAUUUGAUGGUGGCGUGAGAGGGAAUUAGCGGCGGGAAAGUAGAAAUUAAGACUUCGAGUUGAGGAAUUCUAGGACCCGCUAGUAAAUGGUCUCUCACUCACACAUCAGGCCCUCUACAAAGACUUUAGCCCUAAAAUGUUAACGUUAAGCAUCUGUCAAAUGUAACAGGCUAAUUGGCUAUGUUUGGUAUGGUGCUCAAUAAGUCAGACUGGUGGUCGACGGGAUGUCUUGAAUUUUGUGUAAACAUGACGAAUUUGCGAAAUCAUGGAUGGAGACGGUUCAACGACAGACGCCUCUCAGUUGGGCAUGCCAGGGGAGUACAUGGCAGGAAGCCACUAUGUACUCCAGUCACAGGAUGAUGACUGUGAUGAGAGCCUGCAUGACCAUGAGGAAGGCAACGGCAGCAAGGAAAACUUCCGUGAGCAGGACAUCUACCUCCCCAUCGCUAACGUGGCUCGCAUCAUGAAGAACGCCGUCCCACAGACAGGAAAGAUAGCGAAAGAUGCCAAGGAGUGUGUUCAGGAGUGUGUGAGCGAGUUCAUCAGCUUCAUCACGUCGGAGGCCAGCGAGCGCUGUCACCAAGAGAAAAGAAAGACCAUCAACGGAGAGGACAUCUUGUUUGCCAUGUCCACCCUGGGCUUCGACAUGUACGUGGAGCCACUCAAACUCUACCUACAGAAGUUCAGAGAGGCGAUGAAAGGGGAGAAGGGAAUCGGCGGCAUAUCUGUAACAGAGGGACUCGGAGAAGAACUCACAGACGACAGCUUCGCGAACCAGUUGCCUGCUGGAAUAAUAACUGCUGAUGGACAACAACAGAAUGUCAUGGUUUACACCACCUCGUACCAACAGAUUCCCGGAGUGCAGCAGAUCCAGUUCUCUUGAGGAGGUUCCGGAAUUCCCCAUUUGUAUUUGGAACACGUUUGAAAUGGGUUAGAGAUUACAGCAUAACUGAACACUCAGGUCAAAAGAUGGUGGUGGGAAGAUGGAAAGAGAGGGGAGCGGAUGCAGAACUUGCAGAGGGGGGUUUGGAUCAGAAUCAGAUGUAUGUUCUGGUCACGAUAAAGAACCAGACUGGAGCCGAUCUUGACACAGUUAUUUGGCUGUUUUUGUUUAUUGAAGAUUUUCAGAGUCACUUUAUUUGGAUAGUCUGGAUUUUCCAUCUGCAUAUGCUCUACAGCAGGGAAGGCAUUUGAAAUGAUUUCACUCUUCAAAUAAUAUCCAGAUUAUUUCGGAUAUCCGGAUAGUGUAAAAUAAAUGUUUUGAAAGAGAAAAAUAUAUAUUUUAAAACUUCAAUGGAGACUUGAUCGCGCGAGAGAGAGAGACGGUGGGGAAGGCGAGAGGGGAGCAGUGGCCGGUGUGUGUGGCACGGAGGGAGAGAGAGUAGACAAACUUGUUGCUGCCAUAGGUUAUCUGUCAUACCAUUUGGUAGUGCCUGUCUUUUGACUGCAUCAAGUCGAUGUAAAGAAGCUAGCUAGGUAAAGUAGCAAGGCUAAUUUAGGUUAUUUUGCUGCGCUUCCUGUCUUUAUCUACAACAACUCCAUUCAGAUUAAACAGCCUACCUGAUGGUUGAUCAUUGCAGCCGACUCCUCAUUUAGCCAACUUAAUUCCAUAAUUGUAAUUCCGUUUUGCAUCGAUUAUAAAUCAAUGCCUCUGACUGUAGCCGUUUUGAUUGACCAACAAUAACAACAAGCUACAUGUUGGCUACCGGUGCGUCUUUUAUGGGGCGCACUAUUAACUGUCAACUUUUUAUUACAUUUGAAUGUAAUGUAGGCUAUGUAGCAAUGUCACAUAGAUAAUGUUAUUUCAUUUUAGACCAAGCCUUUCAAAAACAUUUUCUUUCCCCAUCCCUACUCUACAGAUGGUCAUACUAUCAACAAACUUGGUUGAUAAGGAACAGCUUGCUAAGGUUAAGGUUAGGUUUAGACUAAGGUAAGGAUUAAGAUUAGUAGAUAGUUAGUAGAAAUGUUACUGAUAGUCUGUAGACCAUCUACAGAUGGACUAUCCAAAUAAAGUGUUACCCUUUCCCCCCCCCUCCAUGUUGUCUAUCACUUUUUUUGAGUUAUUUGUGUUUAUGGGGGGGAAGGAAUGGGGGGUAUUAACAUAAAUUGAAAUGUCUGUCUAGUGAAUUGGUGACUUCUCUGACGACCUUGUAAAGCAAUAAAAACAAAAGUAGUUGAAUGUUGACUUCUGCACUCAACUCCAUUGUGAACAAUUGUAAGUGAAAUUAUUUCAGAUUAGAAUCAUGUAACUAUUUUAUCAUUUCUGUAAAGUUAUUCUAAUGUUGGUCCUUUUAAUAAAAAUGUAAGCGUGA